UGUAUUGCUUAAAGAUAUCAUUUUCGAAAAUUUAGUAUUGAUGCAGCAAAUCAUUUGUUACAAGUUUAAAAAUUUGUCUAAAAUAGGGGUCUUCACAAAGUUCAUUAGUUUUUUUUUAAGAAUUUAAAAGUUUUAAGAAUGAAUAAGUAAUAAAAUAUCCCGCAUAUUUUGAGCACAUACAUAUUUUAAUACGCAGAGAAAAUAAAAAUGCUCAUAAAAUAUGGCGAUGCGUGGUAACCAUAAAGCCAAGCAACUCUGACCUAGUUUUGUAGUUUCGUAUCCAACUGCAUAAUAUAGAGCCUUUCGCGACAUCGGAAGGUUAUAAAACGAGCAAGAGGUCAGUUUUGAAAACUCGUCCCGUGAAUGCCUCCACGCGAUAACUUUAAUAAAAGGAAAAAAGGACUUUGAAUUCAUAUAUGUCACAAGAAUGCGAGAUAAUAUUAAAGGUUGCUGUUUGAUUAGGUCAAAUCAUUUUUAAGUUCAUGAACAAGUUGAACUACGAUAUAACGCAAGCUCACAAAUAUACUCGCGUAUUUCGUGGCAAGAGAAUAUGCUAUUUUUAUUUAUUACUCGAGUCAGUUUAUUAAAACAAUAUCAGUCAUUGAAAGCGACUUGAUAUGAGAAACACCUAAGAUAAUUUUGGAAAUUUGUUUUAUAAUGUUUUAUAAUUGUUUUAUAAUGACUUGACUUUAAGCCAAAGUUGACUAAAACACAAACCAAAUUGAUAAUAAUCAUGUCAAUAGAGUUGGUAGUAGGUUACCGUUACGUCAGUUCACAGCUCAUGUGUGUCAGAAUCUUUAAAUUAAAAAAAAAACAAUAAAAUAUUCACAAGACCUUGUUUACCUAAGUCGCACAGUUCAUCGACAUGCACCAUAUUAUCUCAAAUACAAUUUGAGAUUGCUACGUUCAAACAGAAUAAUGUAUAUGAAUGAAGAAAGAACACACACAACUUCAAAUGCGCUGUACAAUUACAUAAUAUAUAAAAUAAAGCGAAUAUAUGUUGUAAACUUGGACACGAAUUUGCAGUAACUUACAAAGGACACAAAUUGCCACAGAAAGAUAAACUGAGUUCAUCAGCAUAUUCUCAACAUUGCUUGAUGGUUUUAUUCCCAUCGGCUUUUUGGGAAAUGCGAAAAUCUAAUUUAACUUCAGUCAGUGUGAUUUGUUUCUGAUGGUUUGCUCGAAGUCCUAAAUGAGGAAGGUCAAAGUUGAAUGCUGUCAAAAUCCUGGACUGAGUUUCAGGUUGUUUGAGAAAUUUAAAGUUGUAAUGGAAAAAUUUGGUUCAAUUGAACUCUUGGUGUUUUCUAUAUACCAUUGUAUAAAUGGAGAAUGUCUGGUUGGAGAGAACUGAUAUACAACACAGGAACAGAGCUACAAAGCCAUGAGGAUGAUGCAAACCAGCAUAACAUAUUUCAAUGAUAAGAGACUGAUAUACAUUCUAUCCAUUGCUGUUUGAAUUUAUUCAUUGGAAGAAGUCUCAAAUCCAAAUAUCUUUAUAUUGAAAAAAAUUGAAGUGAACUCUUUAUCGUUUAAAGUAAAUGAAUGUUCAGACGUAAUAUAACAUUUUUUAUUGCAUAAGAUAUAUUGUUGAAAAAUAAAAAAAUUUGUGCAAUAUUUCUCGAUAUUUCAAAAGAUGUUUGUUUUUCAUCUACUCCAUCUAGCGAUCAAUAUAAUGGGGGUAGAUCUGAAAAAUAGUGCAACAGUAGUAAAAGUGUCAUAAGUGUUCAUUUUUAUGAGUGUGCAAUAUACAAAAUAAGGCGAACGUUAAAUCUAUUUUUUGCAUCUACGUUGUAGAAAAGGUUCAGAUAUUCAAGAAAGAAAUCAAUGAUUUAACGAGGAAAAAUGCACAGCCAGCUUCAACUAUCGGAUGUCUUACAACUCCGAAAAUCAAGAUUCAGCCUCGUACAGUGGAUGUAGAUUUCUAUGGAAGCGCUGCCGAGAAUGCUGAAUAUAAGCCAGAGCUUGGUUUCAGCCAGCACACUCAGAAGCAACCUGGCAAAGAAAUAUCCAUGGAAAGCUUUUUUUCGGAUGGCAAAUCGAGAGUUGCUCUAGUCGGGGGAGCCGGAUAUGGCAAAACCGAAAUGUCUAAAAGUUUCUCCGUUGAUGUGCUUGAUCAAAAGAUACCAGAGCUUAGAGGAGUCGAGAUUGUUCGUCACAUUAACUUUCGAGAUCUUCUAUCUAAGAAGGAGGUCAGUCUCGGGAAAUUAUUAUUUGGAGAUACAGAUUUGGAUGAAGAUGUCCGAGAUCAUGGUGUUGGAUGGAUCAUAUUGCAUCCCGAAAAGUUUCUUCUCGUAAUUGAUGGAGCUGAUCAAUGCGCUUCCCCUCAAGAUCUUGGCAAAUUACGCGGUAACGCCAAUCACUAUGAUAAAGCAGAUCCCAAGCUUCUUAUAAAUCUCAUCCUCGCUCAAAAGCUUUUACCCGGCAUCAAGCUUCUCUACUCAUCACGUGAACACGUUUUACGUUUCUUCGAAGGAGAAGUUCGCCCUGAGAGAGUCAUUGCUUUAGCAGGUUUCGAUGAAGAAAGUGUGGAAAAGCUCAUUUACGCAUUUAGCGGAGAGCAUGGCGAAUAUGUCAUGAAUCGUCUCAAAAAAGAAGCACGCGGCUUACUUUCUCUUUGCUCUAUUCCGAUGUUUCUCGUUCUUACAGUAACUGUGCUGAUACUGUACAGAAACCUCAAUCCCAAGAAAAUGACCGACAUCCUGCUUCUCGUCUUGCUGAAUACCAUGAAUUCAGAGCAUAUGAGAGCAGGUGGAAGAGAAGAUGUAUCUAUUUACGAAGUGUUCAACAGGUUGAAGAAAAUGUCGUUUGACGGAAUGAGGAACAAGAAAGUUACUUUCGCCGAAUCAGAUUUACCGGAAGGAAUCACCAUUGAUCACUUGAAAGAUAUCAUGAUCCCAAUACCAAGAUCAAUUGGAAUCAACCAACGGCUCUUCGAAAAGAACUUUGUAUUCUUUUUUAUCCACCAGUCCAUUCAGGAAGCCCUCGCUGCUCUUUACGUUGCUGAGAUGCCGACAAAGGAAUUCAAAAAGUUUGUCUCAACUGAACUCAAUUUAUCGCAUUGGGUUGUAGUUCGUCGAAUCUUAUGCGGCUCUAUUUUGAAUCCCGAGACAUCCAAGAUUGCAAUGGGAGACGCAGCUGAUGUAGGGAUUCUCAAACAGGGUGAGCUCGUCAGUUGUAGUAAUCGUUUGUGCAUGUUAUCAGACGUUUCGCAUUAGUAUGAGUGAA